AUGAGUUGUUCUUAUCUAAUCUCUGGCGACGCUUCAGUCGUCGCUUCACGGCGGUGGAGUGAUGUUACUUCCCGGCAGAGUUUAUUUCUCUCACGGCAAGUACUCCGGCAACAACCGGUUCCUUCUUUUUCCCGAUGCGUUCGAUUGGUCGCUGUUGUGAAUGAUAACUUCAGUAAACAACCUCUCGGGAGGAGAUGUUGCUUUGCGUCACUGUUUAGUGGAGAUAUCGGUGGAAGUGACUGGAACAAUGAUAAUGGAAGUGACGGUGGCGGAGACGGAGGUUGGUGGUUUAACGGUGGUGGCGCCGGCGAUAACUCUGAUGGUUCUUCUUCUUUCAAUUUGAGGUUUCUCUGCUUUCUUGUAUUGGUAUUGUCUUGGUUAUCAGCUGCAUCCGCCAUAGCUAAAGCUGAGAAAUCGGAUAGUGACGAUAACACUGAGAAAGAGACGGUUUGGGAAGUGAGAGGAAGUAAAAGGAAGAGACUUGUUCCUAAUUUCGUCAAAGAUGAGUUCGUUUCUGAAGAAUCACCUUUCGAGUUAUCAUCUUCCCUAACACCUGAGAAUCUUCUAGCUCAAUGUAGAAACCUUCUGACUCAGUUCCUUCUUCCUGAAGGUUUCCCCAAUAGUGUAACCUCUGAUUAUCUUGAUUACUCUCUCUGGAGAGGUGUUCAAGGUAUUGCUAGUCAAAUCAGCGGUGUUCUUGCCACUCAGUCUUUGCUUUAUGCAGUUGGGUUAGGUAAAGGAGCUAUUCCUACAGCUGCAGCUAUCAAUUGGGUUCUUAAAGAUGGAAUUGGGUAUCUUAGUAAGAUAAUGCUAUCGAAAUAUGGACGACAUUUCGAUGUUCAUCCCAAAGGAUGGAGGCUAUUUGCUGAUCUUCUUGAAAAUGCUGCUUAUGGUAUGGAGAUGCUGACGCCAUUCUUCCCUCAGUCCUUUGUCAUGAUUGGUGCUGCUGCUGGUGCUGGCCGAUCUGCUGCUGCACUAAUCCAGGCUGCUACUAGAAGUUGCUUUAAUGCUGGCUUUGCUUCUCAAAGGAACUUUGCUGAGGUAAUUGCCAAGGGUGAAGCUCAAGGAAUGGUGAGUAAGUCAAUGGGUAUCCUGCUCGGAAUAGUGGUUGCCAAUUGCAUAGGAACUUCUACAAGUCUUGCCCUUGCUUCGUUCGGAGUUGUGACAGCAAUCCAUAUGUAUACCAAUCUCAAAUCUUACCAGUGCAUUCAGCUACGGACUCUAAACCCUUAUCGUGCAAGUUUGGUUUUUAGUGAGUAUCUUAUCAGCGGCCAAGCUCCUCUGAUUAAGGAGGUCAAUGAUGAAGAACCACUCUUCCCAGCUGUUCGGUUUUUAAACAUAAAAUCUCCACAAAAGCUGCAAGAUUUUGUCUUAUCCUCAGAAGCAAAAGCAGCAGCCUCAGACAUAGAGGAACGGCUUCAACUAGGAUCAAAGCUCAGCGAUGUUAUCCACAACAAGGAAGAAGCAAUAGCACUGUUUGAUCUGUAUCGUGAUGAAGGCUACAUCCUUACAGAACAUAGAGGCAGAUUCUGUGUGAUGCUCAAGGAGAGCUCGUCGCCACAAGACAUGCUCAGAUCGUUGUUUCAAGUAAACUAUCUUUACUGGCUAGAGAAGAAUGCUGGGAUAGAACCAGCAAGCACUUACUCAGACUGCAAACCGGGCGGUCGCCUUCACAUUUCUUUGGAUUAUGUGCGACGAGAGUUUGAACACGCCAAAGAAGACAGCGAAUCAGUGGGUUGGGUCACUGAAGGACUGAUAGCUAGACCUCUGCCGACCAGAAUCCGUCUAGGUUAUGAUCAUGAACCCUUAUCUUCUCCUUCCAGCUCAUAAAGUCAGACCAGAAACAGGGCCAAUGGAUGAUAUAUUAGAUCCCAUUUUACUUUUUGGUAUAGAUUUGAUACAUUGUCUCUGUUUAUCUGCCAUUGAAAUGCUGUAAGUUUUUUAGAGAUUUACAUGUCUCUCUAGUCAGAAGAUACUCUGUUCAGAUCUAAUUCGACGUCAUGUGAAAACCAGAUCAUUCUGUUUUCACUAUCUUGAUUAAAUAUACAUCAUAUUCCAACAAAACAAUAAUGCAUUUGUGUA